AUGAGUAACCCCGUAACAUACGUUAUUGGAGAACGUGUACUUUGCUAUCACGGGCCCCUUAUUUACGAGGCCAAGAUUCUGAAGAUUGACAACGCACCAGAAGGAAAUCCGCACCCCAAAACUGGUUGUACCGGUACUCAUUACCUUGUACACUACAAAGGGUGGAAGCAAUCUUGGGACGAGUGGGUCCUGCCGUCGCGGCUGCUCAAGUGGAACGACACCAAUCUCACCAUUCAGAAAAACCUGGUUUCUCAAACGAAGCAAGCCGGGCCUGGGGCUGGAGGGAGCAGCAAGGCAAUCGGCGCAUCCAGUGGUGGAAUGGCGGCCGGAGGGAGGGGUGCCGCACGGAAGGAAGGAAGAAAGAGGGGGCGAGAAGAGGAUGAAGCCACGAAAAAGCCAGAGAUGAAGCUUGAAAUACCUGACGUUCUCAAAGUCCAGCUUGUCGAUGACUGGGAGGCAGUGACCAAGUCGAAUCGACUAGUGCCACUACCACGAACACCUAACGUCCAAGAGAUCCUCAUAGGUUUCAAGGACUGGCUACCGAAUGUAAUGCCUAGUACCAAGCAGCGGAUGUUAGCAACCGUACUCCCGGUAAUCGUGGCAGGCUUGCAACUGUACUUUGACAAAUCCGUCGGCGCAAACCUAUUAUAUCGCUUUGAGCGAGCCCAGUAUAUGGAGUUGAGGAGAAGAUAUGUUGCUGGGCCACAGGUCAUGGCGGGUGAACCCAAGGACCUGAGCACAAUAUACGGAGCAGAACACCUAUUGCGUUUGAUUGUCAACCUCCCUUCCAUGAUUGCUCAAACCACCAUGGAUACUGAGAGCGUAGCGCUACUCAAAGAAUAUGUCGAGUACCUACUACAGUACCUCGUCCAAGAACGUGAACGACUAUUCCUCAAAGAGUACGAACACGCUAGUCCACACUACCAAAACAUCUCUCGAGCAUAG